AUGCUAUUUCUUUCUUUUUUUUCAUCUCUCCUUUUCUACCUCUUUUAUUUAUGCUAUUUCUUUCUUUUUUUUCAUCUCUCCUUUUCUACCUCUUUUAUUUAUGCUAUUUCUUUCUUUUUUCUCAUCUCUCCUUUUCUACCUCUUUUAUUUAUACUAUUUCUUUCUUUUUUUUUAUCUCUCCUUUUCUACUUCUUUUAUUUAUACUAUUUCUUUCUUUCUUUUCUUACUUUUCAUUUUUCUAUGAAUUCAUUUUUUGCUUAUCUCCCACCAGAAUAUAGAAAGAAUUUUUCAUAUGCUGAUCCUUCCUUUUUUAAUUCUUUUGUCUCAUCUUCUGAAUUCCUUCUCCUUUAUGGCACUUUCUCCUUCUUCAUUUCGUUUAUUAUUGUUUUGAAUUUUUCUUUUUUUUAUUUUCAUUUUUCUAUUAGUGUUCGUCUUUUACUUUUAAUCUCAAAAUCUGUUUUUAAACUUUCCCCUCUUCCCUGUUCUUUCUUUAAUCUUUCUUUUCUCUCUUUUUCACCAUUUCAUCCAUUAUUUUCACCUCCUUCUUGUUUUUCCUUCUCCUUUCUUUUCUCUCUCUCUUUCACCAUUUCUUCCAUUAUUUUCACCUCCUUCUUGUUUUUCCUUCUUCUCCUUUCUUUUCCCUCUCUUUCAUCAUUUCUUCUAUUAUUUUCUUCUCUUUCUUUUUUCUUCUUCUCCUUUCUUUUCUAUCUCAAUAUUUCUUCUAUUACAUUCACCUCCUUGUUUUUUUAUCUUCUCCUUUCUUUUCUCUCUCUCUUUCACCAUUUCUUCUUUUACUUUCACCUCACCACAUCUUGUUUUUCCUUCUUCUUCUUUCUUUUCUCUUUCAUCAUUUAUUCUAUUAGCUUCUCCUUUUUUUUUUCUUUUUCACUUUUCUGUCAUUCCACUCUUCUUUGUCAUUCCUUUAUUUCCAAGCAAUUUCUUUAUUUUUUCAUUUCUUCCUCUUUUCAUUUAGCCAAAAUCUAA